GUUUUGACGUUGGUGCUCGGGAUUUGAAAAAUCAGAUGAUUUUUUGACUUCGCGUAGAACUGCCGCACGCGUGCGUGUUACUGAAGCUCUGCCGUUCGUAACGACGAUAACAUAUUACAUUCGCCCGUUCCGGAUGGUUUAAGCGAAGCAGUGUAGAAGUGGUUUAGUUUAAUUCAAAUUAAUUGUUUUAAUGUGGAAUUGUAUUAUGUGUGUGUGAGAAAAAGAUAAGUGCACGAAUAGAGUGUAUUUGCGCAUGGUGCUGUGUCACGCAAUCAACUACAAACCGGUGUGUGAAGAUUUAAGGAAAUAUUAUUCAAUCGAAAUGAAAUGAUUGUUUGAUACUGUGCUAUAAAGAGAAGGAAAGUGUUCAUGUUAACAGUGUAUUAAACGUCACCAAAAGGGCGUUUCGUUAAAAAAAAAUCGUUCAUUGCUACUAAAGUGUAUUAGAAUUAGCAUUUGAAUUCAAAUAUAUUGUGUACGGUGAAGAAGGUGUAUUGCCCAAACAAAUCCGUCUUUUCAAAGGUAUAAACGUGAGACGUGUUCAUUUGUGCCCGUGUGAAAUUCCAGCAAAUCCCCAGGGGUAAUCAUUCGUCCUGGAUCCACACGCGAGCAAGCUGAGCGCUAUCGUUGGACCCCAAAAUGCGCACGUGCUCCCAGUGGAGGACGGGCAGCUAGAGCGGGCUUCUAUGAGGUUCUUCCGGAAGAAGAUGAGCCUCCUCUACACGGCCACCUACCGGUACAAGCGGGCACUGCAAACAAUGGCGGCGGGAGUGUUUCUCAUCUACAUGACGCUGGUGCUGUACCAGAACGUCUACGGUUACGAUGGUAGCGAUAGUGCCGGAGAUCCGGAUCUCGGUGUCGCUACAGGUGACAACUUACAGGAUCUUCAACCAUUCGGUGCAAUGAUGCUUGGUGGUGGUGGUGGUGGUGGUGUUCCCGCAACCAUAGCUGGCAUACCGGGUGAUCUUAACGACGCGAGUGUAGUGAUAAGCAAGCGCGAUAAUUCUGCACCGUUCGUGCGUGAAGAUAGUGAUAAUGAGCUAGUGCGUGCCGAUGCGAAUAAGCUAGUGACCGGGCCGGGCGAUGAUCCGCGUCGGCGAUCACUCGAUGGGCACCGGAUACCGCCACCACCAGCCGUCACCGGCACACCCAAACCACCCACCACCGAGCUGGAUGAUCUGCUGAUUAGUGUGAAAACGACCAAAAGCUACCACGACACCCGGCUCGAGAUGAUCAUCAAGACGUGGUACCAGCUGGCUAAGGAACAGACGUGGUUUUUCACAGACACCGACGAUCCUCACUACCAGAAAUUGACGAACAAUCACAUGGUCAACACGAACUGCUCCCAGGGCCACUUUCGGAAAGCGCUCUGCUGCAAGAUGGGCAAGGAGUUUGAGUUUUUCCUCGACAGUGCGAAAAAGUGGUGGUGUCACUUUGAUGAUGAUAACUACGUGAACGUUCCACGGUUGGUUCGAAUGCUAGAUGACUACAGUCCGACGCAGGAUUGGUAUCUGGGCAAGCCGAGCAUAUCGUCCCCACUGGAGAUCUUUCUUGAUAAUACCAAAACCUCGACGGAAGUAAACAAGAAGGUAACGUUCUGGUUCGCAACCGGUGGUGCCGGGUUCUGCGUAAGCCGUGCACUAGCCCUCAAGAUGAUGCCGAUCGCUGCCAGCGGGAAGUUCGUUGCGAUCGGUGACAAGAUACGAUUUCCGGACGACGUGACGAUGGGCUUCCUAGUCGAACACAUCCUAAAAGUUCCACUAACCGUGAUCGAUGCGUUUCAUUCGCAUCUCGAACCGAUGGAAUUUAUCCGACCGGAAACGUUUCACGAUCAGGUGUCAUUUAGCUACGCCCGCAUGCGCAACGAAUGGAACGUGGUCAAGGUGGACGGUGGGUUCGACCUGAAGACGGACCCGAAACGAAUAUACUCGCUGCACUGCUAUCUCUAUCCGUUCUUCAGCAUCUGUCCCAAGUCGAUACGGCGCCGAUGAUCGACGGAUCACCUCUCGGAGUAAACGCACCGCCAUAGCACAGUCAUAGAGCGUCCGGACAGCCACAAGCAGUUAGAGCCAAAUCAAAGGAUUAAGUUUACGGACCCGUUCCUUGUACACACACAACGACCCGCUUGGACGUGUUCUAGGGGGAGGGUUGGGGGAGAGAGGGCAGGAAUGUUUCUUUUUUAUGUAACUGAAGAAAAAAAAACUGUGAUCGAGAAAACUGUAAAGAAACAAACGAAAGGGUGGAUGGAAAAACGCAAUAAUAAGAAGUAAUUGUGGUAGGUGUAAUGUAAUGAGUAGUGUAGAAUAAAAGUAAGAUAAUACCAACUACCGGUACUAAACGGUGUAAAGAAAACCGGAACAAGGAAACAGACAGGGAUAAAAAAGAGAAGCAAAAAGAAAAAUGGCAGGAAUGUUGAUGUGUACAAAAGCAGCAAAAGAAAACAAUAUUUAUGUUGUACAGAAUACAAGUUAGUAAAGCGACUACGUAUAACACCAGGUGCGAUAUGUAAGUAGAAGUAGCCAAGGGAACGCAAUGUAUACAAUUAACAAUGAAUGGUAUUUGAAUGCGAAACGCUCAAACCGAACCAACCAGCGCUGGGUAAACAAUUAAAACGUUAAACGGUACCGCUUUUGCACAGCCAUGUGCUGAAUAAUUCGAUCGCAAAUCUAUAACCUACGGAUCGAUUAUCAGUCUAGUCUUCAGCGUGUAGAUAAGAAAUGAUACGUUUCGGUACCGAUACUGUAGCACAACCGCAUUUAUAAGUCUUCCCCUUCCGUAGAACAGCGUACAGUUGUUCUACUGACCACUUCCAUAUCGGAAAACGACCCCGAAAGAGUCUUCCGGUGGUGAUUUGAAAAUUUAAUUCGUUUUUUUUUUUGCUAGCAUUUAGUGAAACAUUGUACAUAUUUCACCAGUACGAUUAGAAACCACGGUAAUAAAGUAAGUUGUUAUGAUGAGCCGUCAAAUUGUCGAUAGAUGUAACGGUGCUGUUUGUUUGAUUAGAAGCAAGCAAACGAGCAGGAUAGGUGAGGUUAAUGUGGUGCAAAACAAGCUCGCAACACAAUACAGCACUGUUGUGAGGGAAAAACAAUAGCAGAAAUGUGUAUGAAUUCGAAAUAAGGAAAGCGUUACAUUAUAUGUUGUAUAGGUUGUUCAAAACAAGUUGUAAACAUGAAAUAAAAACAGUGAUAUCUAAACGAA